GACAGUGUGCAGCGGCAGCCCUCCCGCCACGCCAUGCAGGUGUCCUGGGUGUUGUUGGUGGUCGCCUUGUGCGUCUACGCAAGCAGGGUCGACGCCCAAUGCGACUGCCGGCCACCAGCCCUCUGCCCUGGAGCGUACCGACAAGUGCCUGUGCAGCAGUGCUUCCUGCCGGGCCGAAGACUGGGUGUUUGCUGCGGCCAGCCAUCCAUCCCUACGUUCAGUGGCGGAGGCUUCCAGACGGGCCAGGGUGGUUUCAGCUUUGCAAAUGUAGGAGUGGGAGGCGUGGGGAUCAGCCUUGCGACAGGCAAUCUGCAACAGGCCAAGCCAUCGCGGAUCGGGGGAACGAGAGGCCCGGCCGGGCAAAGCGGGUGUGUUCCGUUGGUGCUGUGCCCGCCGGCGGCAGUCUCGCCCGGCUAUCUGCAGAGUAACGGCUGCCAGCUAGGCGACGGCUCCCUCGGCAUCUUCUGCACGUUCGCGGGGACGCAGUUGGCGGCCAGUGGUCUCCAGGGGCGGCAGCCAUCGGGCGGCGGCAAGUUCUCUUCGCUGGACCAACUGCGACCGCUGACGUCCGACGCAAUCGGCAGAGCCGGCGCGCCGCUCGCGCUGCGUGCGCCAACACAGCAGGCGCUGUUCACAGCGGGACAGGCUGGCCUCCAAGCGGUCAACACCCUCACCUCCACUACCUCCCAGCUGCUCAACUCCGGCCAGGUGCCCAACGUCAACAGCCCGACGGCACUGUUUUUCCUGAACGCGCAGUCUAGUGAUCUGGAACAGAACCUGGGAAUGCAGGGGUUGCAGUCGAUCAUGGCGCUGACCAACCUACAGAGUCAGGGGGGAGGCGGUGGUGGCGGCGGUGGCGGCGGCAUUUUUGGCGGUGGUGGUGGCGGCGGCGGUGGCGGCAGCGGCGGCAGCUUCUUCCCCACCACCGGUGCCGGACAAACCAGCUUCUUCCCCGCCACCGGUGCCGGACAAACCAGCUUCUCCCCCGCCACCGGUGCCGGACAAACGUCAGUCCAAGUACCGAACUGCACCCCCGAAGGGUCCAUUAGGUGCGACAACAGUAUUUACCGCACCCUAACCGGCGAGUGCAACAAUCUGCAGCGGCCGCGGCUCGGUCGAGCACUGACCGGUCUCAAGCGACUUCUCCCCAACACGUACGACGACAACCUGUUCGCCAUCCGAACGAGAGCAGUCCGCGGCGGCACACUGCCCAGUGCGCGGCUGGUGAGCGAGCGCGUGCUGGAUACGUUGUCCAACGAGCUUAAUGAUUUCACACUGUCGCUGAUGCAGUUCAGCCAGUUCGUCGACCACGAUAUGUCGCACGCACUGGUGUUCCGUCUUAAUUCUGGCAACGGCAUCGAGUGCUGCGAGAACAACGGUCAGACAUUCCCGACGGUUCCUCGGCACCCCCAGUGUAUCCCCAUCCCCAUUCCGGCCGAUGACCCGUUCUACAGCCAGUACGGCCAACGCUGCAUGAGUCUGGUGAGAUCCUUGCCGUCCCCGCUGUCGGACUGCAUCCCACGGGCUGUCAAUCCAUUAAACGAGCUCAGCUCCUUCCUGGACGCGUCCAACGUUUAUGGCAGCAAGCAGGAGGACCUGAAUGCGAUACGCGCCUUCCAGGGCGGCUUGAUGCUUACCAGCCAGGGUCAGCUGCUGCCAUUGACGGGCGCAAGUGUAUCGGACAGACCGUGUCGUGCUUCCAUCUGCUUCCGAGCCGGCGAGACGCGCGUGAACGAGCAGAGUGGUCUGGCCGUCAUGCACACGGUGUUCGUACGCGAGCACAACCGGAUCGCACGCGGGCUCAAGAACGUCCACCCCUUCUGGGACGACGAGCGCCUGUUCCAGAACGCCAGACGAAUUGUGGCGGCCGAAUGGCAGCACAUCCUCUACAACGAAUGGCUGCCGAUUGUCGUCGGCUUCGAUUAUGCCGAUGCGCACGGUCUUCUGCCUCUGCAGUCCGGAUUCUCCAACUAUUAUGACCCGAACAUAGAUCCCAGCAUCUCUAACUCGUUCGCUUCUGCUGCUUUCCGAUUCGGUCACAACAUGGUACGAGACAUGUAUGACCUGAUAGACGCCAACGGUCAGGUGUUCCGAACGGUCAACGUCUCCACGACCUUUUUUGAGCCGACUGUGGUGGCACAGAGCUUGGCGGGGCAUGCUCGCACCCUAGUCGCCAGACGUUCGGAAACUUCUGAUACAAACAUGGCACAUGCCGUGCACGAAAUGCUCUUCACUACCAAUUUCCGAUUUGGUUUAGACCUUCUCUCCCUGAACAUUCAGCGAGGUCGAGAUCACGGAACUCCAACGCAUGCCCAGGUGUUAGAGGCUUGUGGUAUUGCGAGGGUACAGUUCUGGGGCGACCUCAACCGUGUGAUGGACUCUCAGGUCAUUGACCGGCUGCGGUCUGUUUACGAUGAUCCACGAGACGUGGACCUUUUCAUCGGUGGGGCGAUAGAGCGGCGAGCCCCUGGCGCCCAGGUGGGACCCACCUUCCAGUGCCUGGUCGGGCAGCAGUUCUUCGACCUACGGUUUGGAGACCGUUUCUUCUACGACAACGGCGGCUUUGCGCACAGUUUCACACCCGCACAGCUGGCGGAGAUCAGGAAGAGUAGCUGGGCGCGAAUUAUGUGUGACACCCUCGGUCCUCAGUUUGGAAAUGACUUCACUAGGGUUCAGCCAUUAGGUUUUAUAACGACUCUUGGCCAGAACCAGGUAACUCAAUGCAAUUCACUGGCGAUUCCUACCGUUGACCUCGGGGUGUUCUAACGGGGUGAUGUACUGCACUGUUGCAAACUCUGUAAGCAUGAAAUCUCGUUUUGUAUGUCGUCGUUGAAGUCAUCAAAGUUAACAAUUUCUGAGCGCUGCUGAAAGAGUAUCUAAUCAGUGGAACUAUGGCAUGUGAUGCAGAGCAAGAAAUCCCAGCUUUCCUGAACCGUGAGUUAUUUGCAAGUGCUGUAAGGUGAAAAUUGUGAAUCUUAAGGGCCGAGAAAAGGUCGGUUUCUUCGCAUAGGCGGUUUCCUUGAAAUGCAUGUUUGGCCUAGCUCGUUUGGUUGCACCUAGGCAGCCAGAUGAGUUCAACUGGUUGUUUUACCUGCGACGCCAGAGGGAGCCAGGAAAGUGUUGCCACCAUGUUAUGCCGCGUGGUGCAAUGCGGCAUGACUCGAUUAUUAUUACAGGGAGUGUGAUGCGAGCCUCAAUCCGGUGGAAUGGCCCAUCGUUGGGAAUGAUAUUGCAGUAUGUUUUCAUUUCGCAGCCCAAGAGUGCCACUUUUCCUGACAGUGGUGGCUUCAGUAAGCAGUACAAGCGGAGACAGCUGUAUGAUCGGGUUGUCAUUUUAACACAUGCUUAAAGGCAUUUCGAAGUAUAUGUCGAAUAUACCCAGGUGUUUUUGGAUCGCUGUUUUGUUCUGUUAUCUGUGAAUGAAUAUCGUGCAGUUGUUCUCGCGUCAGAAAUGUUACAAGACUUUGUCAUUCUUUACACUGGAAUGCCCAUCUCUGAGGCUAACCCACACUGGCUGCGUUUAGUUGCACAACAUCACUGCGAAAGAUGGGACUGAACGGAACUCAACAGCAGUAACCUUGUAACCAAUGAAAUUUCGCAUAGCGCCCCUCACUGCAGCCUUGGUGCGAAACAGGACGGAGCGCCAGUUCUUCGCGGAUGGUUGGUGCAUAUCAUGCUGAUUAAA